AUGGUCCGCAAGAUCACCGAGAAGAAUUCUUAUUUUCGUCAACGAAAGAAUGCUUGCGGGCACAAGGGUUUUCAUCCCAUUCAUAAAUGCCUUGUGGCUAUGAGGAUGCUUGCAUAUGGCAGUCCAGCUGAUUCGUUCGACGACACAUAUCGCAUGGCUGAGUCAACAGUUCUAGAGACUGUGAAACAAUUUGCAAGAACCCUCAUUUUUGUUUAUGAGUCUGAUUUUUUGCGUCCACCGAGAACAAGUGAGCUUGAGACCACUUUACAAGUCAAUGAGGCUAGAGAUUUUCCUAGGAUGAUCGGCAGCAUUGAUUGCAUGCACUGGGAAUGGUCUCCUGUGUUUGAUGACCUCGCUGCUGGACAGAGACCACAAACUGAGUUCCAUGUUAAUGGAACCAAGUACAACAUGGCUUAUUAUCUUGCUGACGGAAUAUACCCUGAUUGGGCUACAUUGGUAAAAACAUAUAGUGAGCCAGUUAGCCAAAAAGAAAGAAUAUAUGCACAGACACAGGAGUCAGCAAGGAAGGAUGUUGAACGAGCUUUUGGGGUGCUUCGGUCCAAAUUCAGGAUAAUUUAUAACCCUGCUAGGUUGUGGAGCCAUAGUGAUCUAAACAACAUCAUCCGUGCAUGUGUUAUUCUACAUAACAUGGUGAUCAAAGAUGAAAGAAAUUUGUACAACGAUCGCCAGGAGUUUGAGAGGUCUUCAGACCCUCCAAUUUCUCAGAAUAGAGAUGUGCCAGAAAUUUCUCAAUUGAUUAAGUCGUAUGCAAAAAUUCGUGACAAGGUUGUGUCUAACAGAUUGCAAAAAGACCUCAUGGAGCAUAUUUGGCAGCUCUAUGGCAACAAUGCAGGUUCUUUUACAAAUAGACAAGGCCGGUAG